UAGUAGUGCUGCUUUGCACGAUACGUUUAGAUGGAUUGGUAAUUGCGGUGGAUCAGUUUUUUAUGGAAUUUGACUGUUUGAGAAGUCAGACACACUUGUCCGGAAGCGUGGCAAAGUGUCGUAGAAAACCGGCGCGAAAGUUUGGGGAGUAUGUUUUGGGCCAGAGGCUUAAAUGGAAUGUUUUGGUAGUUGGAUUGAUAGUGUCAACUGGAAUGGUUGAAAGUUUGAGCUUGACGCAGACAGUGCCGUUCGUUUAUCAUGCGCUGAUGCAAAUGCAAUCACAUACAAAAGGGAAGGAACAAUUGCCCUACGGGAGGCGAAGUGAUAGCUGAAGUGCAGUUUGCAUGUUCUGAUUUAGUUCCGCUACUUGUGCACCGGAAAAGGCUUUGUCUUUUUUUGGAGGUUGAAACGAAGAAGUGCUACAUUUGCAGUUUCAACUAGGACUGAAGUGGACGCUUCUUGGCGAAAUGUGGCAAAAAUUGAUUCUGCUGGCUGUAGUGGCCUCGGGGACCUACGCUGAAGAGGAAGACGUUAUUCUCACUGGAACUAAUCGAAUCGGCUUUGGGAGUAACUUCAGUGCUAAGCGAGAUGUGCGGUUCUACUUGUACACUCCACUUACGGUAAACGAGCCACACGUGUUUUCGAUUGAUACAGUUGGGACGGUUUCGCGCUCAUUUUACAACAGCAGUCUUCCUUUGCGAAUUGUCAUACACGGUUGGAUGAACAAUUACACAUCGCUGGCGAUUCGAGGCGUCAAGGAUGCCUAUCUGGCCAACGGUCAAUUCAACGUCAUUGGAGUGGAUUGGAACAAGGGGGCAGCCGAAGCCUAUCUACGGGCUUCCCAGUACACUCUGGCAGUCGGGCAUGUUGUGGCGGAAUUGAUCAACCGGAUGGUUCGUUCUGGUAUGACCACCAUGGACCAGAUCUACUUGAUUGGGCACAGCUUGGGGGCUCAUAUAGCGGGAAAUGCCGGUCGAGUGGUGAGCGUUGGAAGGAUUAAAGUCAUAUUUGGAUUGGACCCAGCAUCGAUCAACUUUUUCGAGGACGAACCGGAAAGUCGACUCAGUCCGGACGAUGCAGAUUACGUCGAGGUAAUCCAUACCAGCACGCAGUUUUCCGGAUACCCUCAUCCUAUCGGACGCGUAGACUUCUAUCUUAACUAUGGCAAAAAACAGCCGGGAUGUUCGACGGAAUCUUGCAGUCAUGGUCGAUCGAUCGAAUACCUCAUGGAGUCUCUGUACAAAGACUGCAAAGGUUUUUGGGGAGCCCGGUGUGACGAUUACAACGAACUGAAGACAAAAACGUGCUACAAUCUCAAACAACAGGGACUUCUUGGUGGCGAUCCUCCCCGGUUCGAAAAUGAGAAGGGAAUUUACGUUGUGAUCACCGCAGUCGAUUCUCCAUACGCUCUAGGUUACAAUUUUUGAAUGGAAACUAAUUUGAUUGUUUACGAAAUAAAAGUCUAUCACCCAAUUUACCGGGCAAAACGUGA